UUUUAGUCGUAUGUCACUUAACGAGGUCCGCUGGCUGGAGAGAUGUCGCUCUAUCUCCUCCUCCUCCUCGCUGGAAGCUUCGGUCUCAGCUUGAACAACAAUCCUACAUUUAAUGUGCUGCAGAACACAAUGGCUACUCUUCCCUGUCCUCAUAAGAAGGGGGAUGUAACAUGGAGCCGCUUAAUAAAAGGUGACCUGGUGAUUCUGGAUACUAUCACAAAUGGCGAGGAGAAAACAUCUGACAAACGCUACGGUUCUCUGGCAGACAACUCCCUGGUAAUAAGAAAUGUUACAUCCUUUGAUACGGCAACGUAUUGGUGUAAUGAAACACAAAUAUUUCUGAAUGUAAUAACUCUUCCCAAUGUGGACCCAAGCGCUGGAAAUGUACCAGUCACACAGAGAAACAACGGACUGGGUUUCACAGAGAACCAACAACCUUCAGGUUUUAGGAAACUGACUGUCGGUGUAGUUGUCGGUGUAGUUGUCGGUGCCGUGUUGGUGCUUUUGGUGACCUUAACUCUGAGAUUCUGCUUCAACAACAGAACGGAGAGAAGCACUCGCAACAACUUGGACAAAACUGUAACCGACGAGCCGAUAAAUGAGGAGAUGAAAGUCUACAAGAAGCAGCCAAGAUGGAGGGACUCUUAUUUUUAAACUACUGGACGAGCAUCAGUGAACCACAGAGCACCUCCAUGCCACCCAGUAAUAAUCUAUACAGCACAUUUAACAAGCCAACAAUCAACCCUUUGUGACCAUGAACUUGAAUGAAUAUAUAUUAGCCAUUGCUUCAUGGGUUUUAUAUUUUUAUGACUUUAUAUGUAUUUACUUUCAUACUAUACGAUAUUUACUCUGUUUUCUAUAUGAUAUUACAAUAUAUCAGUUAUAGGGAUACAUUAUAAGUACUCUCUUAUCUUAAGAGGCAAUCAUGGAUUCUCCUGCCUCCGUAGUACUGAGGCUACGCGGCCCCCCUCCCUCUUGUGUAGCCUCCACACUUGGAAGUACCUGACAGAGGGCCAACUUCAAUAGCCUGUAGCAGUCUUUUCUGAAAAGCUCAGACUCAGCAGUAAAAGGAUUGCUGAGUCGACAAGAAAUACAGUCCCUCCCUCUGCAUGCUCACCCAUAAAAUCCUGAAGUUUCUUUGUUCGC